CCUCAGCGGUUCAAGGGCACGGACGGCGCGGAGAAGGCGGCGGAGAAGGCGAAGCCCGCUAAGGUGGAGGAGGCCAAGGGGAAAGCGGCGAAGCCCGAGGAGGCCGUGGAGGAGGGGCCACCAAAGUAUACAAAAUCAAUUUUAAAGAAGGGCGAUAAAACCAACUUUCCGAAGAAAGGAGACACUGUUCAUUGCUGGUAUACAGGAAAACUACAGGAUGGAACAGUCUUCGAUACCAAUAUUCAAACAAGUUCAAAGAAGAAAAAAGCAGCCAAACCUUUAAGUUUCAAAGUUGGUGUAGGAAAAGUAAUCAGAGGUUGGGAUGAAGCUCUCUUAACAAUGAGUAAAGGAGAGAAGGCUCAACUGGAAAUCGAACCUGAGUGGGCGUAUGGCAAGAAAGGGCAGCCUGAUGCCAAGAUUCCACCAAAUGCAAAACUUUUCUUUGAAGUGGAAUUGGUGGAUAUCGAAUGAAAUGAAGAGUUUCCUUCACUGCUGGGAAUCCAUUUAUGAUCAAGAAAGCUUCUGACAAUGCAGUUUUGCUCUUGUAACUUCAGGAUAUAGUUACAACUGUGGCCUUGUAUCGAAAUCAAGUUUGUUCUCCCUGCCCCCCAACUGCUGUACAGUAACAUACCACUAAAGAAAACAUAGUUUAUACAUGCAA